AUGUUCGAAAAAAUUGCCACUGUCGCUAAUCAACCUGAUUCCACAAUCCUUCCUGAACGCUUUGUCGGACGAUUCAAAAUCCACCACAUCGAAAAUUUUGAGAACGGCAACCAUGUCAAAAAAUGGAUUAAUUUUAUCAGAACCAACGAAGCCGAGAAUUCAUUUACCUACACAUUGAUUUUCAACGAAAUUAGAUACGCUGUCAAUAAUGCGGAGCUCGGAAGAAGCAUUGAUGUGCAUGGAAAUCAGCACACUUUCGUUCUUUGA